AUGGUGCGUUUUUGUCCCCUCCCUUCGUCUUCCAAAGAAUCUCCAUUUUGUAUCUCUGAACACCGAGCCCCAGAGAACCCCAGAGUCAUCGACUAUAACAUCGCAUACUUCUUAAUGGACCUUCUCCAUUUCAUUGUCUUCAACCCCAAAGACCUCCUCUUCAUAGCCAACCACUUGGCAACGCUCUUCGUCUUCCUCACAUGUCGGUACCUGAUCUCUCAUGGCGCCUACGCCAUACUUGUACUCCUCAUCCAUGCCGAGGUCACUAGCGCGUGCCAGAACACUUGGAUGCUCGCGAAUGCUCAGAAGAAUGAUGUCGUAUUUGCCGCGAAAUUGUACGAUCUCAUGUCUACCCUCUUUUACACAGUGUAUUCGAUUGUCAAGGGUCUCAUGGUACUGUAUUUUGUGUACAAAAUGUUUGCAUUCUAUGCGAGUGGGGCUACGAAGAGUGUGAUCCCAAAGUGGGUGUGGGUUUCUUGGAUUGCUAUAAUUCUUACGGAUGUUUCUGUUAGUAUAUUGUGGGUUUCGAAUAUUUGGGCCGAGUUUUGCAGAGAAAGAACGGGAAAACUGGACAAGAAAAUUAGAUAG